AGCGGCCAAUCCGCGCGCGCCGUCGAGCGACGACUACCCUGGAGGCGGGCCCUGGAGGCGAACGCGGUUCGUGAUUGGGCAGGGAGUGAGGAAGCGGGUCGAGGCGAGGCUGCGAGAGGCGGGGCGCGUCCGGAGGGCCGGCGGCGGCUGUUGUCAUCCCAAGAUGGAGUUCCUGCUGGGGAAUCCCUUCAGCACCCCGGUGGGGCAGAGCCUCGAAAAGGCCACAGAUGGCUCCCUGCAGAGUGAAGACUGGACGCUCAACAUGGAAAUCUGCGAUAUCAUCAAUGAAACAGAAGAAGGCCCCAAGGAUGCCAUCCGAGCGCUCAAGAAGAGGCUGAACGGGAACAAGAACUACAGAGAAGUCAUGCUGGCUCUAACGGUCCUGGAAACAUGUGUGAAGAACUGUGGCCAUCGCUUUCACAUCCUGGUAGCCAACCGUGACUUCAUAGACGGCGUCCUGGUGAAAAUCAUCUCCCCCAAGAACAACCCGCCAACCAUAGUUCAGGAUAAAGUUCUGGCCCUAAUUCAGGCCUGGGCUGAUGCCUUCCGAAGCAGCCCGGACUUAACUGGGGUGGUUCACAUUUACGAAGAACUCAAAAGGAAAGGAGUGGAAUUUCCAAUGGCCGACCUCGAUGCCCUGUCACCGAUACACACCCCUCAGAGAAGCACCCCCGAAGUCGAUCCAGCAGCCAACAUGCAUAAGUCUCACUCCCAGCCAAGGGUAAGCGCCGGUUCCUACCCCUCGCCAUCACCGACCGGAUACCCGGCCCCGCAGGCUCCGCCUCUGAACGUGACCGGCCCUAUCACUGCAAAUACGGAACAGAUUGCACGGCUGCGCAGUGAACUCGACGUCGUUCGCGGGAACACCAAAGUGAUGUCCGAGAUGCUCACGGAAAUGAUCCCCGGCCAGGAGGAUUCUUCAGACCUCGAGUUGCUGCAGGAGCUGAACCGGACAUGCCGAGCCAUGCAGCAGAGAAUUGUGGAGCUCAUCUCGCGUGUGUCCAACGAAGAAGUCACGGAGGAGCUGUUGCACGUGAACGACGACCUGAACAACGUCUUCCUCCGAUACGAGAGGUGCCCCUUCCCAUUCCCUCCCAACACGCUUCUCGAUUUGUCUUCAAAAAGCACGCAAAAGAACCUCCCUCUUUGGGAGGGCGAACUGUGGCUUUGCUUGAGCCUUUUUGGUUUUCCCUGCUCAGACUUGGAACCCAUAGACAAAUGGCUAAUAACGCAAGGAAUGAUUCCAGUUGCGCAGUCCUCUGUCAUGGAUGACAUAGAGGAGUGGCUCAGUACCGAUGUGAAAGGAGAUGAGCUUGAAGAAGGAGUGACCAGCGAAGAGUUUGACAAAUUUCUCGAAGAACGCGCCAAAGCCGCCGAAAGGAUCCCCAGCUUGCCUUCGCUGCCGCCGGAGGAGCCCACACCACUGCCAGCGAACCCCGCUGGCAAAAAGAAGCCAGAGCGUGCGGAAGACGCCCUCUUCGCCCUGUAACGCUCCUCCCCGUCUGCAGCCAGGGCUGUCUAGCUCUCCUUGUGAAACCCAGCUAGCGCCCAGUGCCCUAUGACCCCCCUCGGGCUCCGUAGGAAGCCCCUAGCAUCUCUGAACUGAUCCGACCCAAAUAAGCUAAGUUUUAAAGAGUAUUUAAGCCCCGUCUUGUCAUACCCAUGGUCGUCUUUCCACGCCCGCUUCUUCCCCUCCGCCCCACCCCGCGUCACGAGUGCCGAGAGUCCUCCUUUUGAAAACAGUGCAUGAGCAUUUUCCCCUCACUGCAGACACAGAAGGAGCCGUGGGGGUGGGGACAGUCCCGUCUUCUGAAUAAGCUGACCUCUCCCCCUCCCGCAAAGGGCGCGCACAGAGCGUGUGCGGUGCAGCUGAAUGUCUUAUCAGCGCCUGUUCCGUGACAACCUGAUCUCGCACACCCAAACCAUGCCUAUGCCCCCUUCCCGCAUCAAUGGUACAAAGGGAAUCCCUUCACUCUCGUCUUCAACGUCAGCUACUUCACCGUCCGCUGCCUUUCCCUGUCCAUGGCAGCACUUUGGUCCUGCUCCGUUUUCUUCUGGACGUUUAUCUCACGCUCUGGCCAAGAUUGCAACUGCAGGGAGGAUCGCAGCUGCUGAGAAGUGGGUAAAACCUCUCUUUUGUGAGAAGAGAGUUUUCUGCUGAAAGGUUCUGCUUAAAACCCUUUUCUGGGCAGGACACGAGUGGUCUUCAUAUGUCUGAGCCACCUCCCGUUGGUCCCAGUGGCAAAGAUCCACCAUCCGGCAGAAAAAAGCAAGGGGUGUAUAUUGGCGACUUUUAGGGAUGGGGUAGAUCAGAAUUCUGUCUACUUGGGGUUAGGUGAGAAGAUAAGCUGGGUUGGUAGCUCCCUGGGCUAUAAGGUGGUAAAGAGGAAGAAAUGGGGGGUAGGGUGGAGAAGGUGGAGGCUACUGUAGACCGAAUCAAGAAUAGCCAGUCCAACCCAGUGGCUUGGUGCAGCUCGGAGCCCUCAUUAGGGUAACAGGAGCGUGGUUCCAUCAGAUUGUUUUCCAGCAUGAAGCAGUUGCCUAGGGUUUAACCAGGAAGAGUUAGACGUAUGAGCCUUGCUGUUGGAUGAGAAUUUGAGCGGAGUCCAGCAACCACAGAUCUUGCAUUUGUGGCGCAGGCCUUUUGGUUCUUGUGUUGGGUCCUCACUGACGUUUUGCACGGCGGAUAAGUUCUUCGUGAAAAGGGUACCCCCUCCCCCUUCUAACAUGGCUUAAAUCCCUCCUUUCCCGGCACAAUUUCCCUUCAUAUGCCAACUUCCAGAGGAACAAGACCUUUCAAGAUGCUGCGGCCGGGGCCUCUGGACUUCCUCUGUAUCUCAGUUAUCCCCUCCUUUUCUCCGCCAUCUUCAACAAGCGAGGUACCAAACUGUUGAGACAGUGUUUCCAGUGACCUCUCCGUGGCAGGCUGGUCUUUGCCGGCUUCCCCUCGUCCUCCUCUCUGCAGUUGCAGGCGUGAAAAAGGUAAACGGGCCAGCUACGACGCUCAGAACCAAAAGGGAAAGUUGGCAGCUAGAAGCGAACGAGUUCGCGUCUCUUUGGUGGCGCUUCUCCCUGUUACAGAUCACGAAAUAAUGUUACAUUAUUGUCGGGAACCCCGUCUUUGAACACUAACUUUGUUUAGGUGUACUGUAUUUAUUUGGGCCUUGUCCUGUGGGAAAUCCUUUUGCCAGUUCAUCUCUGUUACAGUGUGGUAUGUGCUGGAAGCAGCCCCUUCCGCCAAGUUGUAUCUUCAAUGGCCUUUUUGUGCGCUAAUUUUCUUUUUAAAAAAUGAUCGAUUUGGGGUUGUCUCCUUUUGUUUCUGUCUAAAAACUUGCCAUGAGUAGAAUAAGGAUCUAUCUAGAACAAGUGCAAUACCCAGUCUUCUGUUACAAACUCUAAUUUACUGGGGGAAAGGGAAAAAAACAUACUGUCUCUAACUGGGAAGGGUGUCUGUUAGCCGCAGUUGCUGAGAAGACAGCUGCCUGUGUUUCGACAUCUGGGGAAGGAAACAGAUUCCCUGCUCCGAUCCCGAUUCUUAGGCCGAGUUAUAGGAUGCAGCGGGGCCUCUUUCCGCAUCGCUGAAGGAGGACGGCAAAGAUGAUGCCGCCUUGCCCGUUUCCUCGAGUCACAGGUCCUUGUUUCCAUAUAACACUGCUUGCUUCUCUUGGGGAAAUCUCAGGCCUGACCGGAGCACAAUGUGUCCAAAACCGUGGCUGUGAGUUGUCAUCCCAGCUACCGUGGAAAGAGAGGCGAGUUGCUCGAGUCGGUCCCGAGUUGGGUCUUGUUGCAUGCACUGACAAAAUUUGAACCGGUUUGACGCCAGUUUAAGAUCAGGGGACUGGGUAGAGGUUUUCUCCUUCCAAUCUCUUCCCGACAGCUCCCCAUAACCUGGAAAAUCAAGUUUGGAACCUCCCUGGAAGAGCUUUGAGUGUUCCCCAGACCCAUCUGUUCUGAUCCUGGCCAGGUUUUUGGACUUCCUUUUCCCCAGCGGCCAGGUGGAGCCCUAGAAACAUUCGCUCUGCAUGCCGAUGGCCAUGCAAGCCACCAAGAUGCAUCAUUUCCCACGCGCCUCUUGGUGGUGUCCACUUCGAGAAUCUAGUUCCUGCACAUUUGGAGCUGCACUAUCAUUGAGGGUCAUUGUCAGCUGUCUGUGGUACUAGCUCUGACCCAGCCAGGGGUGGCAGAGGUGAACAUGGGCUCACCUGUAGCCUCACCUGGUGCCACCAAGCUGAGCGAUGCAUGGGGGAAAAAGGCAGGCGGAUUACUGCUCUUGCCCUCGGCCAGGGGCGACCAAUCAGCCCGGCUUUCCUCGGGGCUGUUCUGACAUUUAGCACCCAGGAAAGUGCCGGCUGAAACCCCCCCGAAUCUGUGAUUCAAAACCUGGCUGGGACUUUAAAAAACCCCCAAACCUCCCAGGGAGCAUGAGCCCCCCUUCUUCCCUUACGAUAUUUCAGAGCCUUUGCCCCUUUCAGCCUGCAGUGACUGAAACUAUAAUAAUCUAGAUUAAUAAUAGUAAUAAUAAUAAUAACUGGGUUGUGGAUCCCAGGUCUGGUACAACCACACAUUCCGUUUCCCGGCUGCUAGUUCCGCAUCGUCAGCAAACGCUUCGACAUGGUAUAUCUUAUCCAGUAGGGAUUUUUUUAAAAAGUAUAAUUUAUUUUAAACCCCCCCUCAACACAUCUGCUAACAGUUAUAUCUCACCAGCUGUUACACCCUAACUGACUUUGUAGCAUCUCUAUUUGUAUAUUUAAAGCUGUAGGCUUCUCUGGGUUAAAAAAACAGAUAGUAUUUAUUUACCGAAAAUUCUCUUUUUUUUGUUCGUCUGGGUGAGAGGGUUGCGGAGGGAGAAAAGGGAAUUUUUUUAAUGUAAAAAAAAACCUCUGUAAAAAAAAUUCUUAAACUCCAUUAAUUAUGUGGGCCUCGCCCCUCUUCGUGGUGAUGUCUUGAAUGUGGGCAGAAUUCACGGGCGAUAUGUAUAUUUUUUGGUUUUGCAUUAAGGAUGUAUGAUUAAUCCCCUGGCACUUAACAUUUUCCCUUUCUCAAGUCUCUCUCACCUCUCUGUACAUUUGGGUUCUUGCAUGUGAAAUAGUCCAAUAAAAGACCGUUAACGCA